AAACGCUCUGACGACAGUUACAUCGCUUUACGGACGUCGCUAUCCGUCAUGUAACAGCUUGGAGAUGUGCACUCUGGCUGCCCUUGUAAAGAUGUGUCCCACAGAUGUUUCCUUCUGAGGCUUUCUGCACUUUUCUGCCUCUAAAUCAGUCCAGAGCAAACCCACGAGAUGGCGUCUGGUUUCCUGAAGUAUUCGGUCCUCCUGCAGAGGUACCGGACGCCGCUGCUCAUCACCAGCUGCGGGGGGGUGUUUGCAGCCAACAUGUUUUACCACGUCUGCCCCGACCUAUCCUUCCGGAAGCUUUACCAGGCCUGGUACAAAGGAGAGCCGGUGGAGCUGUCUGAAAAGCUCAGCAGCGUCUUCCAGCAGGUGCUGAAGGACUAUGGCGUGGGUUCGACCCAGAACUUCUCGGCCUUCGCCUCCUUCGGCUUCCACCCGGUGGCGGCGGGCGUCCCGUGGCUCCCGGCCGGGGCCCAGGUCGGAAUCCCCGCCAACUUCAACAGCACGCCGGACGACCUGAGCGGCAUCACCAACCGCCACAUCUUCAUCAACGGCCAGACGGUGGACUGGGCCAGCGAGGCGGGCUCGGCCCUGCGGGAGGCGCUGGUGCUCUCGCUCCCGGCCCAGAAGUUCGCCAUCGCGCGGGAGGUGGCGCGGCUGCAGGCCGGCGGGCCGGUGGCGAGCGCGGCGGUGGCGCCGCUGUGCCUGGGGGGGGUGUGGGUGUACAGCGUGCUGCUGAAGCAGGUGUUCGGCCUGCACGGAGGCCCCGCCCUGCUGCGGGGCGCCGCCAACGCCCUGGCGCUGGCCAUCGGCGCCGUCUCCUACCUGCUGGGCUCGGACGCCGUGGGCCAGUGGCUGGACUACAGCUGCGACCGCCGCGCCGCCCGCCUGGCGCCCGGCUACGCCCAGGGGGGCGUGGAGUUUUACGACAAGAUCCUGUCCCGGAACAAGACGCUGCGGGCCCUGAUGGGCCAGAAGGGCGAGGAGAUGUACGCGCCCAGCGGAAACCUGUUCCCCGCCCACAUCCUGCAGCUCAAACACACCCCCUACACCUCCAGGAGGGAGGGCAUCCUGGCUCUGCUCAAAGAGGAGAAGGCAUGAAUAAGAACUGACGGCCACGUUACGUCCAGGUGCUUUUUCUGAAUGUUAUUUAGUCCUGAAACCCAAAGUGUAUAACUAUAAUUAAGACAGUCUUUGAAAGCCUCGAGGUGUCCUAAUUCCUGUAGUGACAUUGGUCACCACCCGUCGGAGGCCAGGAGCUCAGAUUUGACUCGCAGUGGGCAGCGUGAUGCUUCCGUGUGGCUGGACAGUGGUUGGACAUUUCUGUGUGGAACAGGCAUCGGUGAUUAGUGCUGGAAAAUAAGCGAUUUCAAGCAGAACCGGAUGAAUCUUAAAACAACCAAUAAAUGAUGCUAGCCAUGAGCUGACUGAUUGAUGUACUGUUUGUUCUUUUGUUUGUUCUUUUGUUUGUAGGCUUUGGCUGGCAGUACUACGACGAGGGAUUUAAAACUAAUGUGAUAUCAAUAAGACUUCUAGGAGUCUUUAAGGCAUCAUCGAGAUCAACUUAAAAGCUAUUUUCGAUUUUAUAAAAGGUCUACAUGAGCCGGAGGAUUUUACUUACUGCCGUUGUGCUAGGUCUCAAUAUGCUAAUGAAAAUAUUACGUACGAUUUGGAUGUUAACUGAUGGAUCAGUGGGACUAUUUAGUAGCAAGUGGCAAAACAGAGUGGUUCUGAGAUCAGGAGCCCCCUCUACUGGCUUUAUGAUGUUAAGAAUGAAAACACUCAGGUAGCAGAUCUCGCUAAAAUGAGUCCUAACAGCAUUGCACCUUAAAGCUCCAAUCAAAUAUGGUAAGUAAUGUGACAGAAAGAGGAGUAUCCUCAAACUGAACUGGGAAAAAUGUGACUGACAGCCACAUUCAAACUAGUAGCUUAAUUAUCCUGAUUGUUUUGGUCACAUUGUUUGUAGAGAACAUGAACUUAUUUUCUUUCUUGCCAGAACUACUGGAGUCUUUCACAUGAGAUAAUGGAAGGCCUUCAGUGAAGGAUUCAUAACAGAAAUGUUGACCUUAAAGGGUUUACAUGCUCAGCUGAUUCCUUCUUUGCAACCGCCUGCAGAAAAAUAGCAACUUAAUGUUGUUUUGUACUGUUAGAUGAUGUGAAAAGGCCUCAUUAUACCAUCUUAAACCAGGGUAGCUUUCAGUGAAAGGCAGGAAAAGGAGUUAAGGAGGAGAGAAAUUAGGAGCUAUUGUGGAAUUGCAUCUUCGUUUAGUUUUUGUGAAAAUGUGGAACCUUUUAUUGUGUUUCACAGAGAAUACACACACUUAAAGCUGAGAUCAGUGAGAUCCAUGGUGGUAUUUCUGGCACCUCCGUCCCUAAACUAUGAACAACAAUGCUCUUGUAUUCCUCGCGGGUCAGAAAAACAAAACGUGUAUUCUUAUUGAUCUACUGUGAUCCAGAUUAAUAAAAAUGUAGUGCUGACACCCUGCUGGUCAGCUGUCUGCAUAUAAAUGAGGGUCUGAUAUGAUUUAAUUACAUUUCCAAUGUUGUUCCACGAGGGGUGAGUUA